AUCAAAGUGCCAAAAACCCCUUCCUUAUCAGUGACCCAAGGAGACGAAGAAAACCGCGGGGAGCGAAAAAGAUCCAAUAGUAACGAGGCGUGGAUCCCCAUCACUUCGGGCUAUAAAGUUCAAAAACAAUCUCUCAAGAAAUUCAGAAGGGUUAUCAAAAUGCUGGUUGUGAUCAUUGUGGUGUAUAUUGUUUGCUGGACGCCGUACCUUCUCAUCAAUAUUUUCCAAGCGUUUGGCCUAAUUAAUUCGCAUUGCAAGGAUCCAUGAAGUAUAUCAAGACAACCCUAACAUUGAUGGCUUACUUGAACAGCGCUUUAAACCCCAUCAUUUACGGAUUCAUGGCCAGAAGUUUCCGUGAGAACUUCCUCAAAUCUAUGCGUUCGUGUCUGGGUCUCAGAGUGGUCCAAGACCAACCUAUUCUAAAGACGCAGAAUAAUUUGGAGCUCCAAGAAGUCUCGCACGUGAAUGGACUGCGAGUGAAUCGGAGUCGUGGAAACACACUUCACAGCUCAAUCCCACAGAAAGGUCUCGAUCUCCGACUCAACCAGAGGAAAUCGAAAGUCAAACGCGGAAGCUCAAAGCGCUCUUCCAAUAACUACUCAACCUCUUUAAGCUUGAGUGGUACCAAUCCAGAUCACCAAGGAUUCUCCCCGGACCCGAUUCCAGUCCGUUCAUUUGACUAUUCUGUCAUUGUUGGUGUUUCCUUGAUGUCCUCUUCCUCCAGGCCUUCAUCCAGGCAACUAAGCGACACUGUAACUGUUCCGAUCCGUUCGCAAUGGACCCAUGUCCCAAGCACAACCACUCCGAAAGACACAUGGACACUAGCAAUGACUCCAACUCCGAGAAAUCCCGCGAUUCUCGACGACAAAUCCAGAAAAAUGGCGGGUCUUCCAAACUGCUCAACAGGACUAGAAAAGGGAGAGCCAAUCACGCGCUUGCUCAGGCUGACUCUCUACCAAUAAGAGAGCGAGUAGAUGAGGGUGUGGAUCGUGCAAACUUUGGCGGGAAAACGCUGACCGCUAUCAGCGAACACACGGAUCCUCAGUCCUCAAUGGAUAAUUCGUUCCAAAGGCUUAAUUUUGAGAGCAUCCCUUGCAAAUGUGGCGACAAGUUCCGCGUCACCCACGAUGCUUUGAAGGAGGUUUCCCCUUCAGCAUCUCAAAAUUUGUUGGCCUCUCGGGUCAGCUUAUGACGGUACACAUAAUCACCGUUAAUCCCAAACUUUCACUCUAAACGGGUACGUGUUAAUUCAUGGGAAAAUAUAUAUCCCCGGUUGCUCAAUCCAAGUAACACCUGAGAUGAGAAAUCAAGUUUACCUGCUACCUGCCCAAG